AUGGCCUCCGCCGCCAUCGCAACCGGCGUCUCCAUCACGCCGCAUGACAUGUUCAGCUCCAGCAUUGGCGUGCUGGGCUGCCACAUCGACACGAACCGCGUCGCCUACUGGCCUAUGCAGCCCGACUGCAACAACCUAUGCAAGAAGGUCACCGCCAACGGUCGCACCGUCCACCUCCUGCAAAUUGACACCUCCGGAGGCGCCUACGACAUCAGCUACGACGCGUGGAACUUCCUUAAUGUCGGCGCCUCGGCCACCGAGCAGCCUACUAUGGGCGGCGGGAUUCCUGCUGAGUGGGAAGAUGCGCCCAUGAGCGCGUGCGCGGAUCUGAUUAAGACUCCCGAUGGCAAGCUGCCGCUGAUGGCUGCUAACAGCAUCAACACAUAUGUUAGCUGCCCGGCUGGCAGCUGGCUCCACGACAACUCCGCUUUGUACAACAUCCAGAACUCGGCUUGUACUCUCGGAUACAACGAAGUGUGCACGCUCGACCUGGCUGUCAGCAACCAGCCCUCGUGCCCGCACAUGCUGGGCGCGCAGAAUCCGCUCUCCGGUCUCCCGGUUACGAACAUCGCUUAUGGAACCGGCGCUUCUGCUGUUGCUGUUCAGUAG